UUUUGUCCUUCCUCCCGCACCAGGACUGAGAAAUACAAGCUGAAUUAACAUUGUAUUUGCGAUAGACAAUGAAUCUAUCAGAGCAUUUUUUCUCCUGCAACAUCAGCCCCAGUUCAGAGCCACACCUAUUCAUUGGUGUGACCAAGAGGGAGCCGUACCACAUUGCCAUCCCCAUGACAAUCUUUUACAGCCUUCUCUUCCUUCUUGGCAUCUCCUUCAAUGGAGUGAGCGUACUUACAUUACUGACCAAUGCACGCAUGAAGGACAGUGCCAUCCGGCCCUACUUGCUGAGCCUGGUGCUCUCCGAUAUCCUGCAGCUGCUUACGGUGCCUGUCACUCUGUACCGCUACUACUGGGAGAGCUACCCCUGGCGGCUCGGUGAGUUACUCUGCAAGGUCUACUUCAUGAUCCGUCAGAUGUAUUGUGCCACCACCAGCUGGACCAUCCUGGCCUUCACUGCUGAGCGCUAUGCUGCCAUCUGCCACACUAUGUGGUCCCUGUCCAGUCUGCAGAAGACAAGGCUACCCUGUCUACUGGCCACCAUCUGGCUCCUGUCCCUGGUCUCCUCUGUGCCCUUUGCCAUGGUGUAUGGCCAGGCACCAGCCUGUAUUCUGGACUACACCGCUACAUCACCUGAACAUGCCUUUAUGCUCUCCAACAUGUGUGAGAUGACUGAGGCAGAGCCUUUGCUCAUCUACAAGGCAGCCCUCCUGAUCAGAGGCAUCCUUUGUUUCCUGGUGCCUCUGGUGGCCAUCCUUGCCCUCUACAUUCUCAUCAUCCUGCACCUGCUGCAAAAUAGUCGCCAGCGGAAGGCCCUGGGUCUUACCCACAACUUACCCAGAGAAAGUAACUCUUCUCCCCAUCGCCACAAUGGCAGACUGCCCUUCAAUGAGAAACGCGCUCUUCAGCUCAUGGGUGCAGUGGUGGUGGCCUUCUUCAUCUGCAACUUUCCUGAUAUUUUCUCCUCCCUCAUGCAAGUCUAUAUCCAGGUGUGGUCUGACACUGUGCUCAGAAUUUACACAGUGCUCAAGUCUUACUUCUCCCUACCACUGUGGUAUAUCAACAGUGCCCUAGACCCUAUCCUCUUCUGCAUCUCCUCCAACACCUUCAGGGUGGCAUGCAGGAGGACCCUUGGCGUGCUGCACCAUCACUGUGCUAGGCCAUGUUUGACAAGCCAAGGGCUAAAUCAGAGCUCACCCAAAACCACAAGUGGGUCGGGACGUGAGGCUACCGAGCUGGCAGGGCUACGCCCAGCAGAUGAGGACCUCCAGCUCUGUAACUAG